AAAAGAAAAUAGUUCAAUGCGAAUAACGUGAAAAGUGCAAUGUUUCAUUUGUUUUCGAGAUCAUAUUCCAAUUGUGUCCGCUUAAGUUCACUGAUUAAAUCUCAACGAUGGAUGCACGAUGCAAUAAGCCUUAUGAUUUCAUUGCUAUUUCUCGGAAUUUAACCGAAGAAAUAAAGAAGACGCGAGCGAUGCAAAUGAUGUGGUUUCAAACGUACGGUCCUUUGCUGGAUGAAUACAAAAACGUGAAAAAGGAAAUGACAGAGUUGUGCGAGAAAAAACAGAUCACAGUCGUCGAUCAUUUAUCUAUCAAAGAUGAAAGGUCUUGCUUACCUACACCAGAAACAAGCAAUAGCGAAUAUGGUUGGCUUGCAUCGAAGCCUGAUUUUCAAUUAGAAAUAUACGGACCGUACACAAUCGAUCAAAUGAAUCCUAUGGAAAGUGAAACUCUGUUACAGGGAGAUAUACCAAUGCUUGCACCUGGAAAAGGCUUAAUUCGAUAAAUAUUUAAUAUAUUUUUGAUGCAUCCAUACAUUUUUUAUAUCCAAUACAAAAUUUCUUUUAUAAGAUCGAUGUGUAUAGAGUAGUCUUACAAUUAUUACCUUCACAUUUUUUCCCAUCAGUGGUGAAGCCAAAAGCACAAACACAAUCUUCCACCGUAGUAGCAGGUACUUUCAAAGUGACGUGAUUAACAUCUGGACAAGGUAUACAGAUAGACGUUGAAUCCCCAGAAAUAUAGCCGGAAGCGUACGUCCCAUUUGGACAUGCUGUACAUAAUUUAUAAUUAAGAGACAUAUAUAUAAUAGUUGUUAACAAGAUUAGUAGAAAAAUAUACUCACGUUGGCAAGAACCUUUAAAA